GAAAAUGGAGGAUGCGCGGGAUAAUUUGUGAACGACAUAGUACCUGUUUCGUGGGUGACGUUGCAUUUGUAUAUGAAACAAUCACGUUGAAGUUGAAUAACUAGGGUCUAUAGGACCACUUUUGGUGAAUGAAUGCAAAUUCAUGGACUGUAGCUCGCGUUAUUGCACUGAUACAUACUUUGUUUAUGUUUUUGCAACAUGUUGAUAUUGACACCGAUUGUCUGAUAGUAUUAUGACAGCUGACAGAAUAGUGUUACUGAUACACCUGUGCCAUUUAAAUGGCCACAAUGACUUCGAAUAUUAACUGAUUUAUUCUUAUUAAAUGACCGAUUCAAGCCGUCCAUUAUGAGUGGGAUGACGCUGGCGUCGGCCGGCGACGAUAUCAAACUGUGGGAUGUCGAUUCGUCAUUUUCGAUGGUACGACAGUUUAACCCACAUGAUCACAACGUUUCCAAAGUCUGCUGGAGCCAUGACAAUUCUUAUUUAUCCAGUGUUUCCAAUGUAGGUGACAAACUGUCCCUGAGUGUUGUGAAAAAUUCAUCAGUAUCAAUACUUGAUUUGAAAUUUGUGUCUGGAAGAGGAUUCUUGGACUUCAAUUCUACAUCUCGCUACAUUGUCAGUGGGAUUGACCAGGCUAUCAAUGUAUGGGACCUUAAAGUGAGGAGUCUACGCAAAACAUACAAGGGCCACACUGGAACAGUGACGUGUGCUAAAUUUAACUGGAACGACACCUAUAUUGCUUCAGGCUCUGACACAGGGGAGAUAAUUGUGUACAAUGCUGUAUCCGGACAGGGCUGCAGUCCAAUGAUUGCCCCUAAGGCCCAGGCUGUUAAGGAGAUACAGUACAGCCAUUUUAAGAAGUCUUUACUUGGCUCCGCAUCGGAUGAUGGUGCUGUUAACUUGUGGGACACAAACACACGUCGUCUUAUCCAUAGUUUCAGUGAUGCCCACCGAGCUCCUGCCACUGGCAUCAACUUCUCUCCUAUCAAUGCCAUCUUCCUCGUAUCGGUUGGCCUUGAUAAACGCAUUAUCUGCUAUGACUUGGAGGGCAAGAAGUAUCCGAAGGUGAUAGUAGCAGAAAGUCCUCUAACAUCUGUCGAUGUGAUGCCUGAUGGUGCCACUGUUGCUGUCGGAUCCACACGUGGCAAAAUAUACAUCUAUGAUCUUCGACAAGGUGACACACCUGUCAAAGUCAUAAAUGCCCAUAAGUCUUCAGUACAAUGUCUGCGUUUCACCAAUAACUUACAGACUGAGAAUUUAAGUAAAAGUGGGUCAAAGACUGCCAGUAGUAAGGAUUUAUCGCCUCCCAACAGACGACAGCUUCCUCAAGCUCCAGCAGAUUCCUCAAACAUCACAGUUGAUAAAACAGAUUAUGGUCCCAGGAGAGUUGACAAUGGAAUUCCUGAUAAUGACACCUUCUCUCCCGUCAAAGACUCCCAUGCAAACUCACUGACUGGGUACAGUGACCGAGAAGCAGAGCACAUGUCAAACUCUGGAUCAAAUCUGGGGUCCUUCCUCCGACAGGACAAUCAGUCUUCCAGUGGUAUAUUUUCUCCGCUGGCUGACACAGGAACCUACAAUUAUCGGGAGAAUAUAGGCAUGUCUCCACUUUUCACCAAUAACAGCAAUAACCUAACCCCAUCCUGGAAUACGCCCGUCUCCGAAAACAAUACAUACGGUUUGACUGUCAAUGGGUCCAGGACACAACAGGAUGGUUACUACAGCAACAGUAAAUUUUCUUCACCACCUGGAAUUGGUACGUCAUCCAGUACCAGCCGCAGUGAUCCACACAACAUUCGAGACAAUGCCAUGUCAAAUGGAGGGAGUCCAUAUUUGCAGAAUGGUGUCUCAAGGUCGGAUGUUGAAGGUCGGGGGGCAGUAUACCAAGGUCAAGGUCAAUCGAAUAUGAACAUGUCAAGUACUAGUCCUGGCCACCCCACCCCCUCACAUGUAGGGGCAGAGGUGCCCCCUAGGGUCAGUCCCUCUCGCCCUACUGGGAUCAGUGCCUCACCAAGCAUUCCUACGUUAAAACUUGAUGACUCCCCAGGAAGUUGUGCUGUAGCCGAGAACUCGGGAACAAAACAGUUUCCAUCUCCGGAGGGUGUGAAUGCGGUAACUAGUGUAUAUUCUGGAUCAGUAGGUGCACAGAACAUGAUACACAUGGGUCAGGAUCCACAAAACUUGUCGAACAGGAGUCAAAGCUCUCGUGAUCAAUCACACAGGGGUCUGAGUUCACAGGAUAUGACACAUGGAGCUCGGAGUUCAUAUAAUCAGGUAAACAAGAGUCAGAGUUCACAGGACAUAGAACAUGGGAGUUAUAGUUCCAAAAAUCAGGCAUAUGGAGGUCGAAGUUCACAAGAAGGGCAAAGAUUGGAUGUAGAGCCACAAGCUAUACCGGCUGGAAACUUUCAGACACAGCUGCUACGGAAUCUAAUACGUGAUGAGUUAGAGGAUUUCUAUGACCAGAUGCACCGAGAAAUGCAGAAUCUACAGGUGGAAAUGAUCCGUCAGUUCCAAAUUCAACAGAACGAGGUGAACAGCCUGCUGCAGCAUUACUCUGUUAACCAAGACCUGGUGGCCGAGGUAGAAAAACUACGUGAGGAGAACAAACGACUCAAAAAACAUUUCUAAAGUUUUUACAGCUCUGAAACAAUGCUGUGCGAACAGACAGCUUGGAAACCAUUUCUGACAUCUUUUCUGAAACUAUGCGAGGAAAUAUUACAGCUCGGAAUUGUUUGUGCUGUUUAGAACUAUGUUAUGUUAGGAAAAGAAACAUUUCAAAAAUGUUUCUUCUGUUUUAGAGUACUCUGAAACAAGAAACUUCACAAACAUUUUGAAAAAGAUACGUGAUUCAAAUUCCUAUUAAUAGACAAAUGUAUGUGAUAUUACGAGAUGUGCCUUCAUACUUUAAGAAAAUUUAUGAUAAUUUAUCAGAAGAGCAUGUAAUGCAUCCUAGGGAUCACUAAGCAAUUAACUUUUUUUUCAAGACAAUAUUAUUGGUUAUAACUUUGAACAAAAACGCAGAAAUGAAUUGUUCAUUUCUGAUUUUGAUUGUACUUUGCAUCGGUUUUGUACAUAGGAGUCUUAUAAUUAUAACAAUAGCCAAAUUAUCUAUAAAAUAUUUGAUCCUAGUUUCUAAUAUCUUCAGUAAAAGUUUAUCAUUUUAACAAAGUAAUUCUAUGUAGAAAAGUAACAUUGUCUAGUUUUAACCUAUAUUGUUAUAUCACAAUGAAAAUGUUUUCUUGUAUUUAAAGAGAGUC